UCAGAAAUAAUCAUAUCCCGUGAAAUUUUGAUCCUACUGAGAGGACGACGCACUUUACUUUGACACUACAAACACGCGUAAUGCUCCUUUUGGUUUGGUGGAGGAUAGAAACCACCAUUCUUAGGACCUCCUCUGUCUGAAUCUUAUUGAUUGAAGCAGAAACCAUUGAGAUAUGAGCAUUAACGAUCAUAUCUCACAUCAGACGAAGAAACAGAGGAAAACCAAUUAUUCACUGGCUUAAAUUCUCCAAUACCCAGAUUUUGCUGCCUAUUUGAUCCACGAGAUUGGUGAAGGAAAACAAGUCCUUAUACAAUGUGGUGUGCAAGAGAUUCUUUAAGAUAGUAGAAUGGAAAAGAAACUGGAAGAAGAUGACCAUGAGGCAGGUCCAGUUCCUGCACUGAGAUUGGACAGAUUUGGUUUUUUAAAGCAGGAACUUUCUCCUCAAGGUUUAACCAAGGGCAGGUCAGCCUAUGAAUAUGAGAGAGAGGAAAGAAGGGUUAGAAAAUGGAGGAAAAUGAUUGGUGUGGGAGGGAGUGAUUGGAAACACUAUAUUAGGAGAAAACCUCAUGUUGUUAAAAGGAGAAUAAGGAAAGGAAUCCCUGAUUGUUUAAGGGGUCUGGUGUGGCAGUUGAUCUCUGGCAGUCGAGACCUGCUGCUGAUGAACCCUGGAGUUUAUGAGCAAUUAGUAAUUUAUGAGACAUCAGCUUCAGAGCUGGAUAUAAUUCGAGAUAUAUCCCGUACCUUCCCUUCACAUGUUUUCUUCCAGCAGCGACAUGGUCCUGGUCAAAGGUCCCUCUACAAUGUUUUGAAGGCAUACUCUGUCUUUGACAGAGAAGUUGGAUAUGUUCAGGGAAUGGGGUUUCUGGCUGGUCUAUUGCUUCUUUAUAUGAGUGAAGAGGAUGCAUUUUGGUUAUUAGUCGCAUUACUCAAAGGAGCAGUCCAUGCACCAAUGGAAGGUUUAUAUCAGGUAGGGCUACCACUAGUACAACAAUACCUUUUUCAGUUUGACCAGUUAGUAAAGGAGCACUUGCCAAAGAUGGGAGAGCAUUUUACUCAAGAGAUGAUAAAUCCUAGCAUGUAUGCAAGCCAGUGGUUCAUAACCGUUUUCUCCUAUUCUUUCCCAUUCCAUUUGGCUCUUCGAAUUUGGGAUGUCUUUCUCUACGAGGGUGUUAGAAUUGUUUUCAAAGUUGGUUUAGCCUUAUUAAAGUAUUGUCAUGACGACUUGAUAAAAUUACCCUUUGAAAAACUUAUUCAUGCUUUGCGUAACUUCCCUGAUGAUGCAAUGAAUCCAGAUACAUUACUUCCAAUGGCUUACUCAAUCAAGGUAUCCAGGGGUUUGGAGGAAACAAGGCAGGAGUAUGAGAAGAAGAAUAGAAAGAUCAAUCAGUCUACAGAGAAUGAGAAACAGUUGCAAUGAAGGUUCUGCUCAUCUGAUGGGAGCUAUGCUGAUUCUGAUUAACUUGUCAUUCUUUAGUUUUAGGACAUCGCAGCAAUAACCAAAAGAAUAGCACUGAUAACAUUUGUCAUCAUAGUAGAUGUUUAUGAACUCCCCUAUUCCCUGUUACAAACCCAAAAUCUUAGAUGUAAAUAUAUAUUAACAUUGCUAAAGUUGCCAACUUCUGAAAUAGGAGGCCUCAAGCCCCUUAACAUCC